AUGGAGUUCUCAAAUAAAUUACCAAGCGCGACUGAAUAUACCAUCACCGGCGGCUCCUGGAACGCUGAAUACCAAGUAGUGCUGGACGGCACCACGCUCUACCAUGUGACAAAUACAAGUUCCACGCCAGACAAGCCUUACCUCACCUUCUACGCCGGAGAUAGCGCAGACAGUCCGAUCGUAGGGUCCGGCAAAUACAUCAGCUUUUCAUCCAAUAUUCAAAUAAUCCUGGGAGAUCCCGAUCUUCCCAAAACGGUGACCUCGGCUAAGCUAAGCAAGAAGGGUUUCAUGGCAACGCGCCAUGUCUUCCAGAUGGAAGUCGAUCGCCAGAUGCGAACAUUUGCUUGGAAGAAUACCGAGUUGAAUGAUAAUUUUGGACCUCUUGGGAGCCACAAGCUGGUCAAUGAGGCAAACGAGGUCAUCGCAUCUUUCUUGCCUGGUGGCGCCAGGCUGAAGCCGGAUGGCGCAUUGCUUCUCUAUGCUGAUUUUGGGGACAGCUUCGUUUUGAUGGCUCUCAUCACUGCGCUUGUUCUGAGGGAGAAGACAAGGCGAUCAGUGAAUGGUGGCUAUGGGAAUAACCUUCGUUUUCAAGACGCCGGUGCGACUGGGUUCACGUGA